CAAGCUUGCUUUGUGGGUGUAGGUAGUCCUUAAACAUGGGAAACCUAUGCAAGCUAUUGUUUGUCACUCUAGCCUUUGUGGGAGCGACAAGGGCAUGGUCAGAGCCUCAGGUUCCUUGCUUCUUCGUCUUUGGAGAUUCCCUUGUGGACAAUGGCAACAACAACCGCAUACUGACACUUGCUAGGGCUAACUACAGACCCUACGGCGUCGACUUCCCUGAGGGUGCAUCUGGGAGGUUUACUAAUGGCCGGACGAUGGUCGAUAUUUUAACACAAUUACUAGGUUUCCGAAGCUUCAUUCCACCAUAUGCAUUAGCUCGGGGGGAUGAGGUGCUGAGAGGCUUGAAUUUUGCAUCCGGAGCUGCUGGCAUUAGAGAUGAGACUGGGGAUAAUUUGGGUGAGCACUACCCUUUUGCCGAACAAAUAAACCAUUUCCGCAACACAGCACAAUUCAUGAGGAGGAUGUUCGGGGGGAACACCACUAAGCUGAGUGAUCAUCUAGGCAAAUGCAUCUACUUUGUGGGAAUGGGUAGUAAUGACUACCUUAAUAACUAUUUCAUGCCUUUCUAUUAUCCUACUAGCUAUGAGUACAGCCCUACAACUUUUGCUGCACUCCUCCUCCAAGACUACACUCGACAAUUAACACAAUUAUACAACAUAGGUGCACGUAAGGUGGCGAUAAUUGGGAUCGGGCAGGUUGGCUGCAUACCUUAUGAGCUAGCCCGAAACCGCAAUGGUAACUAUGGCAGAAAUAAUAGCCAAUGUAAUGAGACAAUUAACAAGGCUAUCACCAUCUUCAACAAUGGUCUUGUUCGGAUAGUUAAUCGCUUCAACAGAGAGUUUUCUGAAGCUAAGUUUAUCUAUGUAAACAUCUUUGAGAGCUCAAAGGAACUUGGUGCCAAAGCAGCUUCUUACGGCUUCAAAGUCACCAAUAGGGGAUGCUGCGGUGUCGGGCGGAACAAUGGGCAAAUAACAUGUCUACCAUCUGAAAUACCAUGCUUCCAUCGGACCAAGUACUUGUUCUGGGAUGCCUUCCACCCUACAGAGGCCGCCAAUAUUAUCUAUGCCAGGAAAGCAUAUUCUUCCAAGUCAAAAUCCGUUGUAUACCCAAUGAACAUACAGCAACUUGCAAUGGCCUGAAGAUGACAGGAGUGCUCACAGGAGAACCGAUCUGAAUUUUUGGAGCUAGAAGAAUUUAUCGAUGUUUUCAGAUGCUAGCUUCUUUUUUUCGAAUUGUGUUUUUAGAUGCUAGUUGUCAUCAAAUUUCCUCUUCAUUUCGCCUUAGUUACAGUGUUGCUCCUGUGUUUGAAA